UCCAUCUAGGGUUGCUUCCCAGGCCAUCACACGGUCAAUUAAGCAACAGUUUUUAAGUCCAUGGCCUACUUGGGGAGCAAUACCUGAUGACGACAGAAAGCCAUUCUGGGAGCGCUUUCAGAUGAAGGUGCAGUGGAAACCUGAACAUGAAACACAGAUACACAGAAAUUUCCACAUGAAAGCAUCUCAUCGGCUUCAGAGAUGUUUAGGGAUGCCCGCAAUGCAGGAGAGCGCCCUUACUAGCUGGGCGAACAAAUUUGGAACUCUUUACUGGCUCAUUGGAAUACAAUAGAGUUUCGAAAUAAGUGUGCCAAGGCGCAGAGAAACAGAGCAUCUGAAAAAGGGUGGCACCCUGCAUACUGGUGGGUCGAUAACCAUUCAUGAGCAUGCCAUUCGUAUGGCACAAGCUCUGGGACGGGCGGUCCAUGUUGAUGAGGUCUUUGCACAGACUCAUGUAAGGAAGGGAACUAAUCAAUUCAUUGAUGAAAGAUCUCGGAAGACUCAUGAAGAAUUUUCUACGAGACUUUCACAGGUUAGAUCUGAACAUGAGUCAGCUCCUACACCGGAUGAUGGCAGUAAUGCAGAAGAUGACAUCCGUAGGACACAGUGCUGGGUCGACAUCGUUGGUGGGAAGAAAAAGGGACGAGUGUACGGUGCAGGACAACUUGCUGCAAACUAUACAACGUCGAGAGGAGGUACUCUGAAGCACCAACCUUCUUCUUCCACCACUGCUCCUGACGAGGUCAUUCUCCGCCUCACGCAGGCACUAGAGCAACAUGACCAGGAAAUCACUGAUCUGAGAGCAGAGUUUACAAACUUUAAGGCCAUGGUCAUGAGAGUGUUGCCUCAAACUUCAGAGGAUGAAUUCAAUAUCCCUCCGACCCAGCCACGACCCUCCUUGUCACCCGCUGCCUCUCAACAGCCCACAUCAGUCCAACCCUCAUCAGUCCAACCUUCAUCAGUCCAACCUUCAUCAGUCCAACCCACACCAGUCCAGCCAUCAAUAGAGGAGCAGGAUGAUGAAGAUCAUUCUGAUGAUAACUAUGUACAUUAUUAGUUUCAUUUUGUUAUUACUUGUUAUACAAACAUUUCGAUAUUAGAACAU